CGCAUUUAGCAUUGCGUCCCGCACGUCGACCAUAAGGUGAGUCAUUCGAGGCUGGGUCAGACAGCGAUGGCUCUCGGUGACAUGCAUGCCUCUUGCAAAGGUAGAUGAGGCUGAAUGUUAUGCUCAAAAACCUGGUCAAUCUCCGCUAGGUUCAAGCCCUUGAUUCCCCAGCGCCCGAAGAAGAAGCAUUGCUUCCCACAAUAGAAACCCUAGCAUCUACAUCAAUAUGGACCAAAGGAAGAGCCUGCAAGAUGUUGUCUCCCAACUCCAAAAGAUCCUCUCGACACCCGGUCUACCUACAUCCUCAACCGUACCAGAUAAAGCCUCAAGCAGGCCGGCUCUUAUCCUCCCUCAAGAUACAGCCAGUCUCGACGACCUUCAGUCCAAAGCAGACUCGUCGUCUCCCUUGGCGAACCACACCGGCGACGGCUCAGACUCCAUCGCCCAGCUGGCAUCACAUCUACGCGCGGCCAUCCUCCCGUACCUAAACCUCGCAUCCCUCUCCCCCAACUACUACGGCUUCGUGACCGGCGGAGCCACGCCGGCCGCCCUGCUAGGCGACUUCCUGGCCUCAAUCUACGAUCAAAACGUCCAUGUACACCUCCCAAACGAGACGAUCUCUACGACACUCGAAGUCGUGACCCUGAACUUGCUCACGCAAUUCUUCCGCCUCCCCAAGGACUGGUCCCUCGGCCCCUCCUCAUCCGGCGGAGGGGUAUUCACCACCGGCGCGACAGCAAGCAACAUCCUCGGCCUCGCGCUGGGCCGCGAAUACGUCCUCCGCCAAGCCCUGUUGCGCAAGGGGAUACCUGGUAGCGCCGACGCAAGCUGUGGCGAAUACGGCCUGGCGGAACUCCUCCUUCGGGUAGGGGCGAGCAAGAUCCAAGUCCUCAGCACGCUCCCGCACUCGAGCAUCGCCAAAGCCGCGAGCGUGCUGGGCAUCGGGCGGAGAAACGUCGUCUCAAUUGCAACUGCCCAUUCUUCAUCCGACGGCGACGAUGACUCUCUACGCAUCGACCUCGAGCGGUUACGCACCGAAGCACAAAGGACGGACGUGCUCAACAUCCUUGCCGUGUCCGUAGGGGAAGUCAACACGGGCCGCUUCGCUACGGAUUCGCUCGACGCCAUGCGUCAACUCCGCGAGAUCUGUGACGAGUACGGACUGUGGAUGCACGUUGAUGGGGCGUUUGGCCUGUUCGGUCGCGUUUUGCCGGUGGAAGAUGCCGACUUUGAGGAGUUGGUCAACGGCGUCGAGGGACUGGAGCUGGCGGACUCGAUCACGGGUGAUUGCCAUAAAUUGUUGAACGUCCCGUACGAUUGCGGAGUGUUUUUCACGCGGCAUAAGAAUUUGAGUGAGGAUGUCUUCGGGAAUCCGGGGGCCGCAUAUCUCAAGGCCGCCGCGGGCGAUGGGAUACAAUCCCCUUUGAACAUUGGUCUGGAGAAUUCGCGACGGUUCAGGGCUCUGCCGGUGUAUUGCACGCUCAUGGCGUACGGGAGGGAUGGUUAUGUCGAGAUGUUGAAACGGCAAAUCGGUUUGGCAAGACGGGUGACGCAAUGGUUGAUGAGGGAUGGGAGGUUUGAAGUUCUCCCUCGCGGCGGUGGUCAGAAGGAGAUAUUGGCAAAGACGUAUAUUGUGGUUCUGUUCCGGCUGAGGAAUGAUGAGAAAAAUAGGGACUUUGUGAGAAAAGUCAAUGCGACGGGGAGGAUAUACAUGAGUGGGACGGUCUGGGAGGGUAAACCUGCUGGCCGAAUUGCGGUGAGCAAUUGGCAGGCCGAUGUUGAGAGGGAUGGACAUUUGAUUGAAAGCGUCCUGGAUGAAGUGGCAGGGCAUUGAUGGAAUCUCGGCUUCGAUGGGUGAGACCCUAGUAGGAAAGGGCUCGAAAAGGCCAGGAAUUGCACAUACUGAGAAAUUUGAAGUUGAAAACGAUCGAGAAGCUAAAGGAAUUCAAAGAAUCAGAACGCCGGUCGAGGAUUGACUGGCGUUAAUACGGAGAGCAAAGUCUUAGGAUUGAGCCCUCUACAUAUACCUGCUUGAAGGAGAGAACGACGCUCAAAAUACGGC